AUGUCCGAAACAGCGCGCCUCAAGGCGACCGUCUAUGUCGGCGGCCUCGACAACCAGGUCACCAGCCGCACGCUGCACGACGCCUUCGUGCCCUUCGGCGAGAUUGUCGACAUAUCUUUGCCCAAGCCCGACUUGCCUUCGUCGACCGAUCCGCACCGCGGCUUCGGCUACGUCGAGUUCGAGCAUGCUGCCGACGCCCGCGAGGCCAUCGACAACAUGGACCAGAGCGAGCUCUUCGGCCGCGUCAUCAAGGUCGCCACCGCGAAGCCGCAGAAGGACCAGAACGAGGGUCUGGGAAGCAAGACGGCCAUCUGGGAACAGGAGGGCUACUUGGCCAAGCACGCGGUCAGUGAUGAAGACCGCUUGGCUGCUGAGCAAGCAAAGGCGGGAGCGAUGACAGCCGCGGAUCCCAUGCAGGGAUUGGAAGGCCUAGACGUCGCUGGCCCAAAGCCUGAAUGA